CUGCAAUUUCCAGCGUAUAUUGUUUCGUAUGAUGGAUAUUAUAAUUCGUAUUUCCGGUAUAGUAUUAUUAAGGAAGUAUUAGAAAUUGUCGUAAAUAUCGAACCCAGGCCUCUUUUGUUUAGCGAUUUCGAUGUCAUUGAACUGUUAAGUCAAAAGCGUCGCUUUGAUGGCACCGAAAUUCAUCAAAUUACCAAACUGGUCCAAAUUGAAAAAUUGUGGAAUAUGGGUUUUCGAGGAAAAGGCGUAAAAGUUGCUGUUUUCGAUACUGGCCUUAAUGAGAAUCACCCACAUUUUCGAAAUAUUAUCGAACGAACGGACUGGACGAAUGAACAAACUGCUGACGAUGGUCUUGGACAUGGUACUUUUAUUACUGGUGUAAUAGCUAGUUCUGAUGAUAAAUGUAAACGAUUUGCCCCCGAUGCAAGUAUUUAUGUUUAUAAGUUGUUUACUAAAAAACAAGUUUCCUUUACCUCUUGGUUUUUAGAUGCUUUCAACCAUGCUAUAUUUCGUGGUAUAAAUAUUUUAAACUUAAGUAUCGGUGGCCUAGAUUUUACAGAUAUCCCAUUUUCGGAUAAGAUGUGGGAGUUGACUGCAAAUGAUGUUAUUUUAAUUUCCGCUGUUGGAAACGAAGGACCAAAGUACGGUACUCUCAAUAAUCCAGCUGAUCAAAUGAAUGUUAUUGGUGUUGGUGGAAUUUACGCUGAUUCAAAGAUAGCUAACUUUUCAUCACGUGGAAUGACCACAUGGGAGCUUCCAGGUUAUAAUACUCUUGGGAAGCAUUUUUCCUUGAUUGAAGUAUUCAUUUCAUCUCCUGUAGUUACUGGAGCCGUAGCUGUGAUGCUAAGUGGAAUUAAUAAAAAAAGUUUAUGGAAUCCAGCAGUUGUAAAACAAGCAUUAAUCGGAGGUGCUACACGGCUUUCUAAUGUUACAACAAUGUUUGAACAAGGCGCUGGUAAAAUGAACAUUUUGGCAUCAUUUGAAUUUAUGCGAAAAUAUUCCCCGCGAAUCACUUUGUCUUGCAUUAAAAUAGCUGGUGGAGUAGCCUUGCAGCUUUGCUUUUUCGGGACAGCAUUUUGGAAAAAGAGAUAUCAGAACCUUAGUUUGUUUAAUCUGAAUUCAAAUUUGCAGGUAACCGUGCUUAAUGGAUUGGGUGUAUCAGGUCGUUUAAUUGAAGAACCAGUAUGGGAACCCUUCCUGGAUGAAAAUGGUGACUUGUUAAAUGUUAUAAUUACGUAUUCUGAUAUAUUUUGGCCUUGGUCAGGCUACAUGGCAGUUAUAAUUGGUGUUAAGCGGAAAGCAUACAACUAUGUUGGAAUUGCAAGUGGUAGAAUUACUGUCACUGUAGCGUCUCAUGAUUAUAGAACUAAACUGUCAACUGCUCAACUUCUGGUAAAAGUACACGUAAUCCCAACGCCGCCAAAAAAUCAGCGGUUGUUAUGGGAUCAGUAUCGGAAUAUCCGUUAUCCACCAGGGUAUAUACCACAUGAUAAUCUACGCGAUAAAACGAAUUUAUUGGAUUGGAAUACUGAUCAUCCUCAUACUAAUUUUAAAGCUCUUUAUGAACAUCUUCGAAGCAAUGGGUAUUAUAUUGAGGUUUGUGGGGAGCCACUCACUUGUGUGGAUCUAACUCAGUAUUCCACUUAUCUAAUAAUUGAUCCAGAAGAAGAGUUUUUUCCAAGUGAACUGGAGAAGUUGUAUGCUGAAGUCGAUAACGCAAGCUUAAACGUAAUCGUUUUUGCUGACUGGUAUAAUGCAUCUGUAUUUGAAGAGAUUAAAUUCAUGGACGACAGUACUAUGAACUGGUGGAAGCCCGAAACAGGAGGAUCAAACUUACCUGUUCUUAAUGAUUUUCUUGCAAAAUGGAAUAUUUCAUUGAGUGCACAGGUCUUAGAUGGAAUUGCAACCAAUGCUGAAAUUAUAAGCAAUCAAAAGACUAAUCAACUUCAUGAAGAGGCUAUUUUUUUGUAUUAUAAGAAUUCUUCGUUGUUAAAUAAAUCAGGGUUUGUCGCAGUUUUUGGUGACAGUACUUGUCUUGAAAUCGGCAACAUAGCAAAUAUCGGAAAUUGUGUCUUUUUAUUGGAAACACUUCUUAUGGAAGGUGGUUUAGCAGAAAGUUUACGACAAUCUCUUGAGCUCGUAUUACUGAAUAUUACUACUAAUGCUAAACCAGUAUAUAAAAAAGUUCCGCAGUGUCGACUUUUACGUCCUGCUGUCUCACGGCCUGUGGGGAACGUCACGCUUCCUCUGUAUUUGAAUCGACAACAUUUGUUGACGGAUUACAUGGAUGUUUCUGAGGAAGAGAAUAAAUCAUUACGCAAACUACCAUUUGCACAGGUUGUGAAUCACAGAUGCAAAUAA